UUUUAAAUUAACUUAUUUCGUGUGAUAUGUUUUGUAAAUAAAACUAUUGUAAAUAUAAAAUUAUAAAUUAUUGCCCAAAUUUCAACGUAGUAUUUCCUUACAUUACUCUUAUGUUUGUGAUAUUUCGAUUAUAAUAAAUAUGUAAAAAUACUAUAAGCGAGAAUAUUAUAAGAAAAUCUAACUAUUGCUAGUGAUAAGGAAAAAGAGAGGGAAGAGAAGGAAGAGAAGGGUAGUAGCGAUUGCCGAAUCAUCUAUGAAUCCGCGUAACGGGCCUGAUUGGGCGGAUGAACUGAGGGAGGGAAUGUAACUGGCCCUUGGAAGACAUCGCGCAAUAAGCGUCUAUUCUUCUUUCAGACUUGCGACACGAUUGUCUAUUCGUCUUAUCGCUUUAUAGUUAGCACUCGUUUUUCGAGUUUGAGUGUCUAUGAGAACAACGUAUAUUGUACAAGUAAUCGCGGUAAUCACUUUCUCGACAUCGACGGUGCUGAGAGUGCUUUGGUGUCCUGAACAUCCUUUGAGAUUUUCCUGCGGAUCGAAAUCUCUGGAAAAGAGUGAAAAGACGCUUGAAAUCCGGAUUAAAACAGACGUUCGAUACGAGAUGAAGGAGCAUCGAAGUAUGGACGAAUCUCUGACGUACACUUCGAAUCGACAACAGAAACGGCUCAUCCAGGAGCAACGAUCUCCUCAUUCGACGGUUACCACGUCCGCCUGGAAUGACGGAAUGAAAGAAGAGCUGGCAAAGGAUAACAAUAACAAUCUUAGCGUGUCGUCCGGCCGUUACGCCAACGAUUCACUCUGGGCCGGACAUUCGUAUUCCACGACAGAUUGCAGCUCAUCGCCCACCUCUGAAUGCAGUCCACGAGCCGCUUGUAACGACUGCACCGUGCCGACAGAAUUUACGCCUCAUCGAAACAUCUUGGACGAAUAUCGACUAAAUCGAUCCAUCUCCGAUGCCAUGAGACUGUCCGGCGUGGAUACCAACGUCCCGCGAGACACUCUGCAGUGUCCGAUGUGUACUUUCAGCACGUCCAAUAGAUUGGAAUUCACCAACCACUUGAUCAGCUGUUGCACGUUGAAGCGCGACAACGACGCAGCCCCGAGGGCCGUCCUUGCGCGGUUUCCGAACCGCGCCACCGAACGCUCUUCAAACGAGGACGACUACUCUCCUACGCUGAGAGAACGUGCGGAACGCGAGAUCGAUCGAUCGACCAUUGGUCUUGGUGACUUUAGCGUCGAUUGGCAGGGUGACGUCAAGAAGCAGGUGAAAAGCUUCCGAGAAGGUAAAUGCUGCAAACAGUGCAACUACGUGGCCAACACGAAGAUGGAAUACUGGGAGCACAUGCGCUGCCAUAUUAAGGGCUUUACUUGCCCCAAGUGUUCUUUCGUUACCAAGUACAAGCAUCACAUGAACCACCAUUGGUUGAGCGUCCACGACGGCUCCAAACCGUUCAAGUGCAAGAAGUGUUCGUACACGUGCGUCAGUAAGUCGAUGCUGACCAGUCACCUGAAGAAACACUCCAACGUCUAUCCGUACAGAUGCGCCAACUGCACCUACAAGACCAAGUUCUGCAACGCGCUGAAGAAGCACCUACGAAAGAAGGGGCAUGAACCGGCGGUGGUGCUGAACGCGGACGGCUCGCCGAAUCCGCUGUCGAUAAUCGAUGUGUAUGGCACGAAACGCGGACCUAAGCAAAGACCCUCCGAUAAGAAACGGGAUGAGUCGGACCAGAAUGAGGACGUGACGACGACCAACGACGAUCAGUCCGGCUCAGCCGGGCCAAUCUCUCCGGUCUCGCCGCUUGAAUCGCCAGUCGCCGCUCAUUCUCUAGCUACGAGCACGACUAAUGGCACGACGAAUGACACAGCCGGCGGCAGUCAAAGUGCCAUGAAUCAGAAUCGAUCGAUCGUGACGUUUCCUUAUAGCGAUCUGGUCGCCGCGUUCAAUCUGUCGAACCUUCUCUUUCGCGAGGACGUGCGAGGGACUGCGGCCGAUUACGCGCAGCGGUCCGACGUGUUACUCGAGUACACGAAGAAAAUGAACUACAAUCUUGGUAAUCUUGUGGUGCCGGGCUCGUUCGUCCAAAAUCUCGCUAUGACUUGUUUCGACGGGACUGACGACAACGAUAACGACAAAUCCGAGACUUACGCGAACGGGAACGCGAACGAUACCAUUGAAGGAUCAUCGGCAUUCGUAACGUCGAGGCUCCCUCCGAUCGAGGCUCGCGAGGAUAAAUCUACGAAUGCACCGUUGGAUCUCCGCAAGACGGAUGUGAUCAGGAAGAAUCAGUUUCAUCUUGAGCUGUCGAUUACCGAUUUACCAGAGAGAACUAUAAGCUCCAACAGACGCAAAGGUAAAGCGGUCAAAUUGGACCGUCGCCUCGUGGAGAAAUACGAAGAACCAGCGAAUGAUGCCGAAUUCUUUGAGUCUACGACCGUUGGAACGAAAGAACGAAAGAACUGUUCAUACGACAAGAUCGAGGAUGACAGGAGAACCAUUGCCAGUUUAACCGACAACCGACUUAUUUGCUACUACUGUGAGAUCGCAUUCGGCGACGCGGCCAUGUACAGCGUGCACAUGGGUUAUCACGGUUUCAAUGAUCCCUACACGUGCAAUAUGUGCGGCCACCAAUGCACCGAUAGAUUGUCAUUCUUUUUGCAUAUAGGCCGGUCGAAGCAUACGUAGAGGUACGAUCGAUAGAGAUUAAUCGAACUGGGAGAGAAAAUUCAUUGAUCAAGCGAGAGGAUUUUUGGUACGAGUUAUUCUAGUCAACGGAUAGUCAACGAAUCUUCGACGACGAUACGUGAGAGUAGUUAAUUUUCUUUUUUUUCCCUCCUCUCUUACUCUCUUUCUCUCUCUUUUUCAUUUUUCUCUCAUACGUAAUAAAAUAUCAAUUUUGCGAGGCAUUUAACAAAGUCCAGAAAUUCGCAGUUGCAAAUAUCAACACGGAUUUUUUUACAGAGAACUUUAGAGAAUUUAAUAUAAUGCGGAUUAUUUUCGCAUUUAUUUUCCUUUGUUUGCGAGUCAAUGUUUUUGACUUGUGAUAAUUUUCAAUAAAGAAACAGAAAAAGAAUAAAACUACACUAUUUUCGACAUUGUUGUUUCGACGGUCAUGUCGAUUUCAACAAGAUGCAAUUUGGAUUAUUAUAAUUAUUAUUAUAUUUUUUCUUGGAUUAUUGAGAUAUUCUUUGCGCACUUAUUUGAAUAACAUGUUCGAUAUUUUUACACAUUCAAAUUUUCUCAUUACAUUAUUGUGCACCUGCACCUGACGUCAUUUAUAGUAACGAGAUAGUUUGAUGACGAAUAUUGCGUAUUUAGUAGUAUUUAGUUAGACAAUAUUGCGUUCAUUUUUACGAAUCUUGCGCAAUGCAAUUAUUAUUAUUAUUACUAUUAUUUCAUCAUCAUCAUCAUCAUCAACAAUAUUAUCAUUGUUAUUCCUUUACAGCCUUUUCUAAUUUUUCUUUUGGAUUUCUUUUCUGUCACUCUCCUCUUUACUCGCAACAAUGACAAAGUACGUAUCUUAGAAAAUGAAUACUCUGGCAUAAAUUCCUUAGAGAUUUUUAAACUUUCUUGCAGAAAGUUGUUCUCUAUAGUAUAAAACUACUUUUAUACUUCAACUCCCUUUUUUGUAUUAUUGAUUUAACAUGACGUAUGACUUAGUGACACACAUUUUUAUUUGCGAAUGGAAUUUAUUGCGAUUUAUAUGUAUAUUAUACGAGUUUUUCUUUUUUCUUUCAUAUGCAUGUUGAACAAACAUAAGCACGAUAAAAUCGUGCCAACGUUCGAGUAUAUAGAUUACUUAAGCAAAUUCAUCCAUUUUGAAUCAACCAUCUUAUUAUUUUUACAUUUUUUUCAAACGUUUGAGUUCAAAUGCUAAGUCACGUUGCAACAAGUAAUUUUCGUGCUUGGCAACUUUUCCCUCAGGAAUUUCUUUCACGUGUCGCUUUCGGGAAUAUCAUAUACUUGGAUGCAAGUAUAUUUCCUUUUUCUUUGCGAUAAUUGUUGAGGAUAAUGGGAAACAUUCAGAUUGCAUGAAAACACUUUCAUAAUUAUUCCUCACAAAUUGUACAACCGAUAUGUAUGCGUGUGUAUUAUAUGUAUACGUGCGCGUAUGUGUGUGUGUGUUUAUAAUAUAGUUUGCUGUGGCAUUACAUACCAUA